UUGGCGCGCUAAACUGCCCUAGGAUUUAAUCUUCACCGGUUUCAUCGGGCAACACUGCACCGGGGGUCUCGGACGUGAUCAAUGCCACGCAACCAUGCGUGACAGCUCCGUCCCGAAAGUGGCAAGUGACUCGGUGUGGGUGAAGCCGUCGCUCGGUGAGCCGAUGUCCUUUGAUAUUUCCGAAUGUGACGAGGUAGGCGGAACGCUUUAUGUUCCACAUUCCACUGCAAGAUGCCGUUAACAAGAGCCAUGGUUGCUCCCAGACACCCUCCAAUUUCCAAACUGAACCUCGCGCUUCUGGCAGGAGGAAGAUCCACGCGUAUGGGAUCUGACAAGUUCCUCCUAGAAUAUCCUGAUGGCACUCCGGUCUACCUCAAUCGCCUGAGAAUGCUUCAAGAAGCAUUUCCCAAGGCAGACAGAAUCUGCAUCGUUCUUCGAGACUCCUCCCGAGCUGAGCACGUCAGGAUACCUCCGGAGAUGGGCGUCCAUGUUCUCUUCGUGGCUCCUACUGUCGGCGCAGCGCAUGUCGCUGGCCCGGCAGCUGGCCUCCACACCCUCUAUUGUUUCGACCCGGCAUCUCACUGGCUGGUCAUCCCCUGCGAUUAUCCUCUCCUCCGCGGGGAAGACCUCACGGAUCUGUACCACCACUACCGCGACCCCGUCACAUGCUUCGCAAACAGCCAGCGAUCAACGGAACCCAUAGUCGCUAUUUGGAGUCCAGGUGCACUGGCUCAUUUGACUGUCACCGCCGUGGAGAACAGGUCGGGGCUGUCAAACUUGAUGCUCCGACUCGGCGGACACACAAUCCCCCCUCGUUACGAUCACUGUUUGUUCAACACCAACACGAGAGAAGAGUGGGAUGAUGCAUUGCUAUUACUCAAAGCAAUGCAGCAGACCUCACUCCCGAACUCAUCACAAGACUAAGUUCGAUGUAGGAUGAUAAGACGACAUAUGGAACCACGUUUCUUCCGGGUCGGUCUGCACUUGUUAUUGGGCAGCCUUACCGGCUUCAUCUCGACCCCACCUCCACAGCCUUAUAGCGAGAACCAAAGGGUGUUGCAGUUCCCUGCACGUUUAUCAGCACAAUUUCGCCACCUAUAGCAGAAUGGUUUGAAGCUCCGCUGACUCACGGGUAAAUUAGAUGCGGCUCAAAAAUCUUGGGCUUACAAGUGAAGAAGCACAAAGCCUUCCCGCUUCUGCUGUGAAUUCGAAGUAGGCGGAAUACAUCCCCAAAGCCAGUCCCAAUACAGCCAUUGUACGGUCAAG